AUGGCAUCUGCGACGGAGCCUCCGACUGAUGAUGGCUCUGCCAUCAACAUUUCUAACGUAUCCAAGGUUGUCGAUCCCAACUGGGUUGCCGAUGAGGAAACGCCUCUUCUGGCUGAAUGCCCUCACCGUGCGGCAGACAAUGAGGAUGAGCAAGAGGCGUGGCACACUCCUAGCAUCAAUGCCUGGCGUUUUGGCUGUGUAAACCUCACUUUUCUAGUCAUGGGCAUGAACGAUGCCAGUGUCGGUAUUGAACCGUAUUACGGUAUUAGCUACAGAACCGUGUCGACCUUGUUUAUCGUUCCCUUCUUCGGAUACGUUUUUGCCGCUGUCAUGAAUGGCUGGCUCCAUGUCACCGUUGGCCAGCGUGGUAUUGCUAUCAUGGGCGUCGUCGGCCGCUUGACGGGCUAUAUCCCCAUGGCUCUUCACCCCAGACAAUUCUACCUUCUUCCCAUUUGCAUGUUCUUUACCGGGUUUGGAAACGGCGUCAACGGCAGCUCAUGGAACGCCUGGGUCGGCAACCUGCGCAACACAAACGAGCUCCUGGGCAUCAUCCACGGUGCCUACGGCGUAGGAGGCAUUCUUGGUCCCCUGGUAGCCUCCUACAUGGUUUCCAAGGCUGGGCUGUCGUGGUACACUUACUACUAUGUCAUGAUUGGCAUGUCCACCCUGGAGCUCGUGCUGGGUGCCUCGUCCUUCUGGGACGCGACCGGUGCGGUGUACCGUCAGCGACACAAGAUUGACGAGGACGGGGUGGCGGUCAGCGCCAAGAUGAUCCUGAGCAAACCCACGCCCUGGCUAGUCGCCCUGUUCCUGUUCGGGUAUGUCGGCGUUGAGGUCUCCCUCGGCGGCUGGAUCCCGACGUUCAUGAUUGAAGUGCGCCACGCCGACAGCUUCACGGCCGGCCUCGUGGCGACCAUGUUCUGGAUCGGCCUCGCACUGGGCCGUGUUGUCCUAGGUUUCAUCACAGGUCGCAUCGGUGAGAAGAUGGCCGUUGUGGCAUACCUUUUUCUCUGUGCCGUGUUCCAGGUCCUCUACUGGAUGGUGCCGAGCGUUGAGGCCUCGGCUAUCUCUGUCGCGAUGCUGGGUUUUUUUCUAGGUCCGCUGUUUCCUGCCGUCAUUGUCGUCGUGACGAAGCUGCUGCCGGCAGACCAACACGUUGCGACGAUUGGCCUGGCUUCCGCAAUCGGAGGCAGCGGUGCCGCCUUGUUCCCGUUCAUGGUAGGAGCCAUUGCGGAGGAUAGCGGCGUGGGAGUACUGCAGCCGUUCAUUCUGGCACUCAUCGGUUCCAUCGCCCUCAUCUGGCUGAUACUUCCUGGUGGUUUGAGGAAGGGAGGUCUCGAGAAGGCAAGAAAGGAGAGGCUUUCCAUGUGA